GCAAAAUGGCGGCGAGCUGUGGAGCGAACUGAGGAUGUCAACACGGCGCCUCAAGUGACUCUUUUUAUUCUUUUCUUUUUUUUUCGCGUCGGUAAUACAGACAGGGUCGUAUUUUAAACAAGAAAAAAACUACAACAACAACUGGAAUAUAUAUUUUACACCGUUUAAUAGUCUGCUGUGUUUUGAAAGUACAUUUAUGCUAGCUAGCGCGAAACUAGCCGCCUGCGCGCGCGGUGAGGAGAAGUUUAUUUCCCCGUGAUAAAGUCGUGAUUAAUGUUUUCUCUGACUGAAAUGAAUUUAUAGAGAAUCUUUUGCGCUAGUUACAUCUUUUUUUUUCUUUCUCUCCGGCAGCUGGAGGUGCAGACUCGGCGGAUGUUGUCUGCAUCUCUGUCGCACUUUUUUUAAAGGGGAGGUGGUGGAGGGGCGGGGAGGGGGGGUGUGAUUUAAUUUAUUUAUAUAUUUAUAUUUAUUCACUCCUGGUGCUGUGAGUGUGCAGAAGCCAUGGCUCAGUCGCCGGUGCAGGGCAGUUUACCGGGUAUGCAGAGUUUGCGAGCCGACCCCGAGGAGCUGUUCACCAAGCUGGAGCGCAUCGGCAAGGGCUCGUUUGGCGAGGUCUUCAAAGGCAUCGACAAUCGCACACAGAAGGUGGUGGCCAUUAAGAUCAUCGACCUGGAGGAGGCAGAGGACGAGAUCGAGGACAUCCAGCAGGAGAUCACCGUCCUGAGCCAGUGCGACAGCCCCUUCGUCACCAAGUACUACGGCUCCUACCUCAAGGGCUCGAAGCUGUGGAUCAUUAUGGAGUAUCUGGGUGGAGGAUCAGCGCUGGAUUUGCUGGAGCCCGGUGCUCUGGACGAGGCGCAGAUCGCCACUGUCCUGCGCGAGAUCCUGAAGGGCCUUGAGUACCUGCACUCUGAGAAGAAAAUCCACAGAGAUAUCAAAGCAGCCAAUGUGCUGCUGUCGGAGCAGGGCGAGGUCAAGCUGGCGGACUUUGGUGUUGCUGGCCAGCUGACGGACACGCAGAUCAAGCGCAACACGUUCGUAGGGACGCCUUUCUGGAUGGCGCCAGAAGUAAUUAAGCAGUCCGCGUACGACUCCAAGGCUGAUAUCUGGUCCCUGGGAAUCACGGCGAUCGAGUUAGCUAAAGGCGAGCCGCCUCACUCUGACCUUCACCCCAUGAAGGUGCUCUUCCUCAUCCCAAAGAACAACCCGCCCACGCUGGAGGGCAACUACAGCAAGCCGCUCAAAGAGUUUGUGGAGGCGUGCUUAAACAAAGAGCCCAGUUUUAGGCCCACAGCCAAAGAGUUGCUGAAGCACAAGCUGAUCGUGCGUUACUCUAAGAAGACGUCCUACCUGACCGACCUGAUCGACCGAUACAAGCAGUGGAAGGCCGAGCAGUGCCGAGGAGACUCCAGCUCGAGUGAUUCUGACUCAGAACCAGACAGUCAGGCAUCCGGCGGAAACGAUUUCAGCAACGACGAGUGGAUCUUCACGAUUCGGGAGAAGGACCCCAAAAAGCUACAAAAUGGAGCCAGUGUGGAAGAACAGGAUACACCACAGAGGCCGCUGUCACAGAUCUUAUCUACAGUUAUCACACCAGUCCUAACAGAGCUAAAAGAGCGGGGCGGCGAUGUUGCAGUGAAGCCUGACGUGUUAGACGAGUUGGCAGAGGCCAUGUUCCUUGCCGAGGAGACGUAUCCGGGGAUCUCCGACGUCAUGGUGACGCAGCUCAUUCAGAGACUAGACCGGUUCUCUAGAGCCCGGACGUCUUCCUCUUCUCCUCAGUGAUUGGUCUGAUCUGUUAUCAGUCACACCGAAGCCCCUCCCACCACGCACCGGGUCAGCGAAUCCCAGCACCAGCGUCCAGCGAGUGCAGACUUCGCUAGUUUGAUUUGACAAACUCAUGGACAGUAAAGAGGAGUGUCUGUGUGUGUACAUAUCUCUCACACACACACAAACACACACAGAUACACACACUCUCAAUAGCAUAGCAAGCGAGUAGCUUCUGGAAGUUUCUGCUUCUGCAUCGCAACACCAGCCAGCAGAACCACAACCAUGGCUGAAACCCUUAAUUGUAACCAUAGCAUGGCUCUGAUCAAACAGCUGUGUGUGUGUGUGCGUGUGUUCGAGCCGUUUUCUUGUGAAACAAGAUGUCAGCUCUGCAUCAGCUGGACUACAAAGAGUUUAGAUGUAUGUAUAGAGGUGUAUAUACUUUUACACAUUUACAGACUAUGGAUUUUUCUUCCCCCAUGCCGGUCACUGUGUACAGACGGCCACGCCCUGCUGUAGAGAUGAAAGGUAAAUAUAUAAAACUCAAGCCUGUCGAAUGGCCAUUACUGAGAUCGCCUUUUAUGGAAUGUAUGUUACGUUUCAUUUUAAUAUAAAAGAAGAAAGAGUUUAAAAUACGUCAUUAAUAAUCAUUUUUAUCCUGUCAUGAUUAAAUACUGUUUUUUUGUUGUUCCUGUUCAUCUUAUGUGAAAAAGAAGAAAAGUUACGCAAAAAACAUGAGGUGCAAAAGUUUGUGUUCCCUCAGGAAACUCGCAGGAAGGCGGGCAGGUCUGUGCAUGAAUGGUAUCAGAUUUGCCCCCUUUUUUUUUAUGUAAUCUAAAUAUUCUCUAAUUACGUUCACCCAGAUUUCUUUUAGUCAGUAAUUUUUACCAGAAGAAAACCUCGAUUUUGUUUUGUUUCUUAAAAAAAAAAAAAAAAAAAACAUUUUCACUUGUCUUGUCAUUUUUCUUUUUUUCUGGUUUUAUUAGAUAUUAUUUUAAUGUAUCAAAGAAUAGUUUAUAAUAUUUACCUGAAAAAUAAAAAAAGUUUAGGUUCUUAAAAAAAAAAAGAAGAUUCAUCAUCAUAUGUCUUUAUAAAAGAUUUUUGUAGCUACAGUGCCCUCCACAAUUAUUGGCACCCCUGAUAUGUUCUUAGGCUUCUAAUAAGUUGAUUUUUUUUUUAUUGCAGAAGCAUAAUCUCACACUGAAAAUUGUAGAGGAAUCUACCCUUCAACUCGGGGGAAUUUUAAAAAUUGGAAAAAAAAAAUCUAUAACCAAAAAAUUACAAAAUUACCUGUCCUACAAUUAUUGGCACCCCUAACAGUUCCGAUAAAACAAAUGUUUUUUUUACUGUAGUUAAUAAAGUUGAUCAGAGCAUCUAGAAACUUUUAACUAAUAAUUCAUGACUUUCUGUUUCCCUGUGGUAUAAAUAUGGCGUGAUACAGAGGCCUAAUUUCUCUUAUCAACUCUUUAACUAGGGAAAGACAAGAGAACACCGCAUUCAAGUAAGGCGACCUUCAUAAGUUAAGCAAUGCCUACAAGAGAAUAGCCACUUGCCUAAAUUCCCCCAUAUCUACAGUCAGAGGAAUCAUUAAGAAGGUUGGACGAGGACCCGAGGUUAUCUUGCCACCACACAGUGAGUAGAAUAGUAAGAGAAGUAAACGAAUCCCCAAAGCUCACGGUCACAGAACCGCAUCAAAGAGUGGCAUCUUGGGGUCACAAAGUCUCCAUAACAACCAUCAGACACCAUCUACAUGCCAACAAGCUGUUUGGGAGGCAUGCAAAGAAAAAGCCUUUUCUCAUCUACAAUCACAAACAUAAACGUCUGAAGUUUGCUUGGACUUUAACUGGGGCUGCUGGGGUCAGCUGAGACUAGGAUGGAGCCUAGUGGGUCUGGCGUAAAACAAAAGAUGAUCUAGAAAGAUUGUGCAAAGAGUAAUGGUCAAAGAUGUAUUCUUUUUGCUUGUGAAAUGUUAUAGGAGGGGAUUAAGUGCUGUCUUGUUGGUAAAAUAAGGAAUAAUUGAAGUAUUUACAUUAGGGGUGCCAAUAAUUGUGGCCCACAUGAUUUCGUUAAAAAAAUUCUUAAUUUGGGAUUCCAACCCCACAACACUAACCCCCCCAACUACAUAAUUGUACUUCAAUUAAAUGUUGAAUUUUUUUUUGUUUCACAUUUUGGUUCUACACUGUUUAAA